CCUAUAUUAACCUCUCCCAUUCCCAUUCAUUAAACUCCAACCAAUUUCUCAUCUUUCUCUCUAAACUUCACUAUUAGAUCCAUUUUGGAAACUGGGUUUUGAAGAUUCACAGCAAUUAUGUACCAGAGUGGUAAAACAGAGCCGGAUUUUGCUUUUCUCGACCCCAUUCGCCGCCACUUGCUGGGGGAAUCGGAGCCUGCCGCCGCCGUUCCCGUUCCCGGCGGCAGAGCCACUCCCAUUUUUAACCGGACUGGUAGUUUCAAUAGUUUGAUCCCAUGUCUCGCUGACAAUUGGGGCGAUUUGCCCCUCAAACUGGACGACUCUGAAGAUAUGCUUCUCGCCGCCGUUCUCCGGGACGCCGUCGGUGCUGGAUGGGUUCCGUCGCUCAAUCCCGGGUUGCUCGGAAGUUGCGAUUUCGGGUUCUCGGCGGUGGUAAAGUCGGAGCCGGAGGUCAGGCUUCCGGUGAGCUUCCCGCCGAUGCUUCCCGAUGCGGCAGCAAAGCCGGUGGUGGUUCCGGAGAAAGGGAAGCAUUACAGAGGAGUGCGGCAACGGCCGUGGGGGAAGUUUGCGGCGGAGAUUCGAGAUCCGGCGAAAAAUGGUGCAAGGGUUUGGCUUGGAACUUAUGAGACGGCGGAGGAUGCCGCUCUAGCCUAUGACCGAGCUGCUUACCGAAUGCGGGGCUCUCGAGCUUUGCUCAAUUUCCCUCUCCGUGUGAACUCCGGUGAACCCGAACCGGUUCGAGUCACGUCGAAGCGCUCCUCACCGGAGAUUUCGUCGUCGCCUAAGGCGACGAGUGGGCUGCCAAAGCGACGGAAGAAGGUUGGCUCCGCCGCUCACGGCGGGGGAGUACAAGUGGAGCAACAAGUGGCAAACUGUACACAUGGAGGGCAGCUAUUUUUCCUUCCAAUGCCGACACCCACCCAAUAGAAAAAAAACAAAAACAAAAAUGAAAAAGAAUUUUUUUUUAAUGAAAAAAUAGUUUUAGGAAAUAUUGUGAAGAGAGGAGGGUUUAGUUCUGUCUGAAUUUGUGGAUAUAUAACUUGUCAAUACUAAUAUUUGAAGCUUAUUAAAGGUUGAAA